AUGUUUUUCCAUAGCACUACUCUGUAUGGGAUUGUCAUGUUGAACAUGCAUACUGUUCCUAUGUCAAUUUCCUCUCAAAGUCUUCUCUGGGCUCCUUUGGCGCUGAUCAAGCCAGACAUCCAAGCGCGAUGCUCCACCAAGCCCCAAGAGAGCAAGCUUUCGACCCACCGCAGGCAUUUUAACGCAGCUUGUUCCGUGCUAGCAGCACUCCCGAGUCCGUUGCGGAGAAAUACCCUCCUCUUCCCGGCCCAACAACCUCCUCGUGUGUUCGGCCGAGGCUUUCUUUUACCGAAAUGUCCAAUGACCGAGUUUCCCAGCUCCAACCAAAGCUUUCUUACAACGGGAGCUUGGGAAGCACCUGAAUUCGCGGAUUAUCGUUACUUGCCUUUGAGAAAACCGACUGUUGAUAUUUAUACAUAUUUUCCACCAUCUGGAUUGGCAGAAUCAGACAUCUGCAUGGUCGUCUUCAUUCCCUGGAAGGAUCUUCUUCUGCAUGUCAUGUGCCACUCAUCCGUGCUCCAUUCAAUAAAUGGCUCAGGGACGGAGGACCCAGCCGCUUCUAUCGAUAUCGGCUCUCCCUAG